UUUUUUUUUUUUUACUUUUUUUUUUUUCUUUCACUUUAUUACUCAACAAAAUGUACGAACGUGAUGUAUUUAUUGCUGGUUCAGGGGUAUCUGGAUUAUAUGCAGCUAUUGUUCUUUCCAAAAUUGGUGUGUCUGUUCAUAUUGCAACAACAACAAAAGAUGAGGAAGGAAGUGAUGAAGUGUUGGUGUUUUCACCUCGUAGCCUGCAAUUACUAUCUCAACUAGAUUUAUUAAGUGCAAUGACACAACACGGUAUCCGUCAUUACAAAUUCGAAGUAUAUCAGAAUAAGGGUAUCGGCAAUCAUGCGGUGACCCAACUCGAAAGUUUACGACUCUGGGAAAACGAUGUUACCGAAUACAACUAUGCUCUUUCCUGUCCUAAAUCCAUCGUACUUCAAAUCCUCAAGGAGUAUCUGGAAAAGGUACAGGGUAUCCCCAUCGACCAGGAUGAGGAACUUAUUCAUAUUGAAGAACAAUCAAACCCUUCAUCGCUUUCCAAUGCGGAAUUAUCGCUUUAUUAUCAAUACCGUCCUUUACCCGUCAUUCAUCACGCAUUACACGACAGGACUAUGAAAUCAAUUCAUCUUCGUCAUAGAAAGACAAAGGAAGUAAAGGUUCAUAAGGCCCUGACAAUCAUUGGCGCUGAUGGUCAGACAAGUCUUGUAAGACAAAAAUUAGGUUUAUCACUUGUCAGUUACCAGUCAUCACAACAAAAUACACGAUGGUUUUAUACAUUAGUGAUUGAUAUUAUAUCCACCACAUAUCCAGGUGUACGUCAAAUAGCCACCAUGAGUAAAAACAAGAAUAUUCUGUUUAUUCUAGGUCACCAAACACAUUUGUACAUUACUUUUGAACAUAAAUCCAGUUGGUCUAAAGUAUCCAUUGAUGAUGAAAUACCCCUUUCCUUGGCCCUAAGACAUAUCAAAACCAUGAUGGAACCUUACCUUGUCGAAUUUGGUAAACCCAGGAGUUAUAAGAAAUGGAACGGCAAUAAUAUAAGCUCAUGUGAAAACCACACAAUGGACUCGAGCUAUUUUUUAAUUGGUAGUGCAUCGCAACGCAUGACACCACCGGGUCUAGUUGAUAUCAAUACGAAUCUCGAGCAAGUACAAAACCUCUGUUGGAAACUAGCACUGGGAUUACAACAUUGUGCCUCACCCAAGUUACUCGAGACCUUUGAACAAGAAAGUCGAUACAAGGUAACUGAAGCCUUACAUUUCUCUACUGUCAUUACCAAUUUGAUGGGUGAUUACUAUUUACACCAAAAGCAUGAUCCGCUUCAUGCCCGUGAUAUUGUCUAUGAAUUAACUCGAUUUAAAUCUUGCAUCAUUGGUACCACACCACUUUUACCUAAUAUUCUAAACCAUGCGAGCGAAGAAGACGAUGAUACAAGUAGUAUCUUGGCUCCUUCCUUUGAAUUCAUGGCACCUAAUACAACAGUCAGCAUGGUAGAUCAUGGAGGAUGUUUAGCUCCCAACGCUAAAUUAAAACCUUACACAUUGUUUCAAUUACUCUUGACAACAUCACAAACAAAUAAACAACAACAGGUGACCCAAAUAGAUCCAUCCAAUUCCACCACCAGCACCACCACCACUAAUAUAAAACCCCGAAGAAGAUCUAAUUCUGUCACAUCGAGUACAAGUAUUUGGUCCUCCAUUCCACUAUUUCAAAAGAGUCCAAAGAAACGCAGUCCACUCACACCAACAACACCAACAACACCAACGGCAGUGGUAGCAGUGGAUCGCUGGAAGAGCAUCAAAGCCAACCAUCUACAAUUAUUGGAUCGUAUUCAAAGCUUUAACAAGACAGGCUGUACAUUUACCAUUCUAUUAUUUUGCGGUUCAAUGGAAGAAACACAAGCCAAGGUAGGAACCUUUGUGAGGCUGAUGGAAUCACCUGGAUCCUUUAUAUACCGAUACGAACGAGGUGGACACCUUACCACGAUAGGGGAGAAUAAUAAUAAUAAUAAUAAUAACCGAAAUAGUGUGAUAUCAUUUGAUGGUGUAAGACGAUCUGUAGAUCAACCACGCCGAGAAUCCUUUGAAUCAUUUCUGGACCACACACGAUUUUCGACUUCUAGCAUGUCAUCUUCCUCUGCAGGAUCAUCUUUGGGUGUGAUAUCGAACCGCUUAUUUAAUGUGAUUUUUAUUAGUAGCUCUGGAAGAAAUGAUGCGGUCAAAUAUUUGAAUAAUACACCACCUGCUACAGUGCAUUCGACAUUUCCUUGUGGAUUAUCGCAGGUGUUUUUGGAUCAUGAUGGACAAUGCUAUAAGGCAUAUCAUGUGGGUAAAGAAAACCAUGCGGUGGUGAUUCGACCGGAUGGAUAUAUUGGAACACGUGUUUCGAUAGAGAAUAAGGAGGAGGAGGCGUUUGAGCGUAUCAACCGUUACUUUGAUUCAUUUUUACGACCCCCCGUUGAUAUGAACACGGCUGCUGCUGUCGUUGCAGCGGAUUACGAAUGAUAAUAAUAAUAAAAAAAAAGGUUUUAUUUUUA